UCUUAAAAACUAGUUGUAUACAAAUUUUUUUAAGUAAAAAAGUUCAACUUAUCUUAAUGUUAAGAUUUUUUAUAUUAAUUCCGAAGAGAGAGGCUGACAAAAUUAGUUAAACUAAAAUUUAAUGAAAGACUUGUUAAGUUAUCAAAAUUUAGUGAUCAAAGUUUAGUUACCUUAAAGAUCGGUGGCUAAUUAUGUAUUGACCCCGAAUAAUAUCUGACGACCCUCACCAUCUUGACCCCAAAUACCCCACGCUGAAAGUGGGCCCCACGGCAAGGGGGUUAAGCAAUUGCCAUGUAGCCGUCGUUUGCUAUUUCUUUUUUUUUUUUUUUUCUUUCCUUUACUUUUUCCUAAAAGAUUCUUUAAUCCCAACGAAAUUCCGUUUUCCUCCGACGUUGUUGCCAGCGAACAGUUAGUCCACGUGGAGUGCGCUGUUUGGCCAUCCUGAUUUUGUAUGGAGAUGGGUCUUCUGCCACGUAUACAAUACCCCCUCCCACACUUGGCAGUUGCUCAGUGCGUAGUUUGAUCUAGUGCUGCAAAAGAGCGGAGCCGAAUCGAGCUCGAAUUAGGGGUGGGCAUCGGUUUGGUUCGGUCGAAACCGAAUCGAAAAUGAGCACACCGGAUCUCCCGACCUCUACAUGUGAAACCGAAUUCGAACCGAAAUAUAAAUCGGUUCGGUUUGGUCGAACCGAGUUAUAUUUCGGUUCGGGAUCCCGACAAAACCGAAAUUCCCCAACCUUCCUCUUUUCUUCCUCUGCCUUCCACUUUUUCUGUACGCUACUUCCUCUCUCUACCCAGAAGACAUGCUUCCUCUUCCUCUCCCUUUCUUCCACCUCUCCAUCUCUGCAACUUCUUCCACCUUUUACCACCACCAACCCCUCCACCAAACCCUCUUUCCGAUUCUGGUCUCCCUACUCUCUCCUUCCAUCAGUCUACGACUUCUCUCUCUGGCAUCUCUGCUCUCUCCCUCGAUCUCUGCCUCUACAACUCGCUCCGGUUAUCCCCCUUCCCCGUCGCCACUAUCUCCCUCCGCAGUGUCUCUCGCUCUCCGGGAAGAAUCUGCAGAAGACGAGAUCUGUCUCAUGCUCGCCUCCGCUCUAUACUCCGCCUCCAACUACAAGAGUGCGGCGUCGCCGCUGAUUCGAGCUCCGAAGACAGGGACAACAACUUAGAGGGAGAACUCAGCUUGUUCUCUUCUUCGAUGGUCGUCGGUCGCAAGUCGCAAUUGGAGAAAAAGGUCGCGAUCGGAGGUCAGGGAAGAUUCCACCUUCAGUGGGAACGAUGAUUCUAGUCGGCGGUAGGGGUUCGAUUGGGUUGAGGAGGAGCAGGGAUGGGAGUCUAUUAGGGUUAGGAAUUUAGGGUGGGCUCUUAGAGUUAGUGAGUGGGUUGGGCUUGCAGUAGAGAGGGGAAUUGGGUGUCUGGGUAGUCAUUUUGGGUUGUGACUUGUGAGAGAGUGGGCUUCACUUAAAAUAUGAGUUGAUUAGUUUAGUUCGUUUUUUCGGUUCGGUCUAUCGGAAUUCGCGUUCGGUUGGCAGACCCUGGUUUCCGAAACAUGAGCUUCUGCCUUCUGAUUUCCGAACCGAUCAAUGUGAAUUUCGAUUUUGGUCGGUUCGGCUUCGGUUCUGGUCGGUUCGGAGAGUUGAACCCGAACCAGAUGCCCACCCCUAGCUCGAGUUAGCUUGUUUACUAAAAUUUUAAUUUUUAUUUGGUACUUCAUUUUCUAUAUCAUGAUACAUAUGAUUUGUUUUAUUAGCUAAUCACAUAUUAUACUUUGUUGGUAUCAUAUAUCAUUUAGUUAAUAAAUUUUAAUUGCUCCAAAUCAUAUUAUUUCAUAGUAUCGAAGCAAUCUAUAAUAUAAUUGUCAUAUAGUUCAUAUUCCAGUGUUUAUUUUGCGCCGAAUUGUGUUUCCAAUGUCAUGAACCAGUUGGUCCCAAUAACUCGAGUUGUUGGGAGAAGGUUCUGCUGGAUCUUAUACCAUACUCUUACACGCCCCCUCAAACGAAGGCUUGAAGUUUGCACAGGCCCACCAUACCUUGUGCUUUAAUAAACUGUUAAUAUUGGGGGUCGUGGAGACUCGAACACAUGACCUUUCGGUUCUAGGCUCUGAUACCAUGUCAUGAACCAGUUGGUCCCAAUAACUCGAGUUGUUGGGAGAAAGUUCUGCUGGAUCUUAUACCAUACUCUUACAUCCAAUACGUUUUUACAUAAAACAAUAAAAUUAGUAGAAAAUCAUAAAAUUACAAAGUUACCCUUUUGUAUCUUAUAGAGGAAUACAAAGGCAUUUUGCAUGUAUUGUACUAUUUUGGGGUAGAGAAUUCACUCUCACAAAACACACUCCAGCUAAAAGUUAAGAUUGCAUGAAUGUAUAUUCUUUUUAUAAAAAAUCAUAAAAAUAAUUAAUUACAAACAAGACAACCAAUAUCAAUCUCUCACCCAACAAUCACGUAAAUCAAAUCACUCAUGACAAUUGCUUUAUUAGUGUGAUUGGCUUGAGUUUAAUUAUUAAUGCAUGUAUUGUAUUUGGGUACGGUAUCCAAAAAUACCCACGGAUCGAUCGUUAUUUCCCUUUAAUUACUAUCUUGUAAUCACCAAAUAAUUAAACCCAAUACAGUCAAAAGCGCGAUUCUACUUAGAAACAGAGAAUGGGUAAAAUCGUAAAGCGUAGAAUUAAAGCGUAAAAGCGUAAGUUUUUUAUGCAUACUGUACAAUAACUAAAAACAUGUUAACGACAAAUACUAGGUACAAUAUGAGUGCACCGAAUUUAGAUAAGUUAAUAAAUAUUUGCAAUUCAUGUCUAAAGUAGAGCAAAUCAUAGAAUCUUAACAAUGAGUUCAUAAAGAUAGAUCUUAACAAUAAGCCACCUUCCUAUAUAUGCUAAUGAAUUAGGGAAGGGCCUAGCUAGCUUGUGAAUUAGAUUACUCUAUUGAAGUUGAGAAUACAUUCAAGUACAUGGUAUGUAUAUUUUAAUCUCAAAUGUAUCAUAUUGUUAGUAAUUUACCUUUGAAAUAUACUUAUUAUAAUUAAUUUCAUAAAAAGAAUACCCAUUUACUAAACUAAAAGCGUAAAAGCGUU